AUGUUUUUGAUAUCAUCCACAUCGAUAUUCCUCGGAAUUAUCGCGUUCGUUAUGUGCCUGUGGUUCGUUCGGCGUCCUAAAAACCUUCCUCCGGGGCCAUGGACACUGCCUUUGAUUGGAUACCGAUUCAAAGACGGUCUGGUUCAUGAAAGUUACGCGACGUUAGCCAAGAAGUAUGGGCCGAUUUUUAGCGUUGGACGAGGAAUGUUUCUCUUCGUGGUCUUGAACGAUAAGGAGAGCGUAAAACAGGCGCUUGUUAAGUCGGGAGAGUUCUUUUCACACCGAUUUGUACCGGGGCCCGUUAACUGGUCCAUACCGGACGAUAAGAAAACAGCAUCCAUUGUUUGGAGUAAUGGAAAACCAUGGGAUGACCAGCGAAAAUUUUCUCUUCCGGCUCUUCGUUUCUUUGGCUUUGGUAAGAGGAGUCUUGUUCCUCAGAUCAACCUUGAGGCCCGUUGUCUGGCGGAGGAAAUCAGGAGUCAUCGUGGUCAGCCCUUCGAUCCAGCGGAUUUACUGAACAAAGCAAGUAGUAACGUUAUAGCUCAACUUGUCUUUGGUCGCCGAUACGAAUAUGGAGACGUCGAGUUUGUUAGAAUUCUUCGAAUGAUGAGAGAUAUCUUGGCCCUCAUUCGCGAUGAUGAACUAGUAAAUGUGUUCGAACCGCUCAUUCAUACGCCGGGGUAUAAACCAUUCCGGGAAAAGGUUAACAAUCUAAUGGACUUCUCUAGGUCUCUCCUCAUGGCCCACAGAGAAACUUUCCAAGAUGAUCACAUCAGGGACUUCGUGGACGCAUUCUUUGCUGACGAAAUUUCCCAAAACUAUACCUUGGAUCAUUUCGCUAGGAUGGUGCUGGACAUAUUCACCGCUGGUACAGAUACCACGGCGGUUACUACUUUAUGGGGGAUGCUAUAUUUAGCGCUUCAUCCUGAUAUACAGACGAGGGUACAAAAUGAGUUAGAUGCAGUUGUCGGGCAUGGCCGACAACCGACUAUGGAUGAUCGCGCAAAUCUUCCUUACUGCCACGCCACUCUGAUGGAGAUCAUGCGAAUCAGACCUGUCCUCCCAUUAUCCCUCCCUCACAUGACGUCAGCAGAUGUAACUCUUGGACCUUAUACCAUUCCUAAGGGGACUAUCGUUAUCCCUAACCUGUGGGCUGUUCAUCAUGAUCCUAAAGACUGGUGUGAACCACACGAAUUCAACCCUGAUAGAUUUCUGAUUGCCGAUGGUCAGACUGUCGUCAAGAAUGAGGCUUGGAUGCCAUUUAGCGUAGGUCGCCGUGAUUGUCUAGGUCAACAGCUCGCUAAGAUGGAGGCAUUUCUGCUCUUCACCAACCUCUUCCAGCAGUUCGAAUUCAAACUUCCUCCUGAUCAACCAACCCACACCAUGCGAGGACAGUCUGGACUUACAAUGCCACCAGAAAGCUAUAAGAUCCGUGCCUUCGAACGGUAAACACAACGGAUUUAGCAUGCAGAUACUCUUACAUUUAGUAAUUUUCUUCACCUGUAAGCACAAGGAAAAGGAGUGAUAAAAUCCGAUGUGAAUCAUGUGAAUCGGAACAUUCUAAAUACAAUUGUAAUUAUGAACAGAACACAAUAUCUCACUAUACAAUGCGAAUGCGAUGUGCAAGUUAAAGAAGAAAAAAAGAAAGCAGUCCUUAAAUAUUGAUGUUUCAAGAUUUGCUUGUGGGAUCCAUGGAGAGGAUACUUAACUCACUAAUCACACAACGCUAGUGCGUAGCGCGAGCUGAAUUCAGCACUAUGAACAGGAUGCCUAUCUCGCUAAACAAAUUGAGGAAAGGUCGAGUCAAGAGCAGAAUAUUUAUGGUAUAGUAUCAUGAUCUUGAAAAUGGGAUAUUUUCAGCACCAUGUAAUCCAUUUAGACAGCACAUGUAGUCAAAUCUCUAUAACCAGGCAAUGCGAGCGCGAAACGCGAGCAAAAUCUUAGAUUGUACC